CAACACAAUGCAACACUAACGAGUCCCAGCAAAAGAGCAAAUUGAGUACCAGUAAAAGUGAAAUCCCAGAAAAAAAGCAAAGCAAAACACCAAAAAAGCAAAUCAAAGCACGAAAAGAGCAAAGCAAAGUACGAAAAGAGCAAAACAAAGCACCAAAAAGCAAAGCAUCAGAAAGGCAAGGCACAAAAGAGCACAAACAAGCACCAAAAGGUGAAGCAGCAGUAAAUCGAGCCCCAGUAAAAGCGAAGUCCCAGCAAAAGAGCAAAGCAAAGCACCAAAAAAGUAAAAUAUCAGAAAAGCAAGGCAGCAGCAAGCAAAGCACCAGUAAA